AUGGGAGAAGAAAACCAAACCUACGUGACUGAGUUUGUCUUCCUGGGCCUUUCCCAGGAUCCACAGACCCAAGUCUUGCUCUUCUUCCUGUUUCUGAUCAUCUACCUGCUGACUGUGCUGGGAAACCUGCUCAUCAUUGUACUUAUUCACAUAGACUCCAGACUCCACACACCCAUGUACUUUUUCCUUAGAAACUUGUCCUUUGCUGAUCUCUGCUUUUCUACUACCACACUUCCCCAGGUCCUAGUCCAUUUCCUGGUAAAGAGGAAAACCAUUUCCUUUGUUGGAUGCUCAAUACAGAUAGAUGUCUUCCUCUUAGCAGGGUGUGCAGAAGCUGCACUGCUGGCGGUGAUGUCUUAUGACUGCUAUGUGGCUGUCUGCAAGCCCCUGCACUACUCCACCAUCAUGACUCACUGGGUCUGUGUCCAACUGGCUAUAGGAUCCUGGGCCAGCGGGGCAUUCGUGUCUCUGGUGGACACCACAUUCACAUUGCGUCUGCCCUACAGGGGAAACAAUAUCAUUAACCAUUAUUUUUGCGAACCUCCUGCCCUCCUGAAGCUCGCUUCAGCAGACACCUACAGCACAGAAAUGGUCAUAUUUGCAAUGGGCGUGGUGAUUCUCUUAGCUCCUGUCUCCCUCAUUCUUGUCUCCUACUGGAAUAUCAUCUCUACUGUGAUCCAGAUGCAGUCGGGAGAAGGGAGGCACAAGGUUUUCUCAAACUGUAGCUCCCAUAUUAUUGUUGUUGUUAUUGCCUAUGGCUCAGCCAUCUUUGCCUACAUGAGGCCAAACUCCAAGAAAAUGAAUGAAGGUGAUAAAGUGAUCUCUGUGUUCUAUUCAGUCAUAACAUCUAUGAUGAACCCGAUCAUUUACAGCCUGAGGAACAAGGAUGUGAAGGAGGCAUUUAGGAAAGCAUUUGGAAGAUAG